AUUAGGGUUUUUGUGCUUAGCGCAGAUGUUUAUCGGCUUUCUAUCUCAAGCUCAAGCUAAAGCAAGGCUGCUAUCACCAUGGUCGUCGGAUAUAUUUCUCUCAUAUCUAACCAUACAACGACGGCACGCACUCUUUACCUUAUUAUCUCCGAUUGCUAAAUUUUUGUUUGAUAUGACGCGGAAAGAAUAAGAGGAUUUCAAAGGGAAAGAAUGGAGGCAAGGCGAAGAGGCUAACAGAGAGUGAAAGCAGAUACGAAUUGACGUUAUGGAUGUGGAAAAAAUCUCUUCUGCUAAUGCUGCUCUGCACAAAAUGACGUGCUGUUCCAUUCUUGGCCUCCUUUUGCUUCUUAUAAUGAGUGGGACCCUGCUCGCUGAUACAGACGUUGUACCAUCCCUGACGAAUACAAGAUUCCCAUUCGGUGAUCUUAAAAAAGACACAGAGACGGAGGAGAACAAAGAUGCUGGUGAGAGUGACGACGAUGAUGAAGACGACGAAGCCAGUGAUGAUGAUGACAGUGAUGAGGAUGACGACGAUUACUCUGGAGAUGGGGGUGAUGACGAUGAUGUAGACUCUGAUGAUGAGGUUGAGCCCAAUGGUAAUGCAGGGAGUGAUGAUGAAGAUGAUAGCGAUGACGAUGAAGAUGAUGAUGGAGGCGAAAGCGAUGAUGAUGGAGAUGACGAUGAUGACAGUGAUGAUGAUGAAGAAGAUGACGAGAAACGGCCAUCAAAGAAGAAGAAGUGAGAUGUUAGGUUUCUGUUCUGUUUUCAGCUAUAGCAAGUAGCAUUUUUAAAUGGUACUCUGUUUUGGUCAUAUUGACUGAAAUUAUGUUGUUUGGUUUAUUUUAGACAUUACACCAUUUCAUUGGAGAGUGAAUUGAAACAUGUUACUGGCCAUGACAUGUUACUAUCUAUGAAUUAAAUUAUCAUUUUUUCA